AGAAGAACGAAGUUCAACGACAACUUGACACGGAAGUGAUACAACGGUCUAAAUUAGCAUUUUGUGUACACACUAGUUCUUACAAAAGCUAUUGUAACUAAAUAUUUUAGUAAGAGAAUGGUGUGCAAUUGCACCUUAUCGAUCAAUGUAUGAUAAAUAGACGCAAUAUAUUGCACGAGACAGGGCAGGGAGAGCUCGGUUAGCAAAUAAGCUACAGUAACGUAAUCUAGCUAGCCAGCCAGAUAAACAACCCUGCAUCUUCAGAUCAAUGCGUAUUUUGGGGAUGGAGUUGGUCUAACGUCUAGAAAACAAAGGGACGUGUCGAAAAUGGGUGCAUUUUACUGUGCGAUAUGUAGGCAAACAUCUUUCUCCGGAAAAGCACACAUCUUCGGGAAAAGUCACCAGAGCAAACUCAAAGUGGUCCUUGUUAAAUUCCUUGAGAAGGUGAAAGAGGCGCGUCGAACGAUAAAAAAUCCCCAGGUGGAGAGGUUCGAUUGCACUCAGCACAAACGCAAAUGUUGGUGUUACUGCUGCGGCCUCGAGGUGGAGAGAGACGUCACUGAUGGCGACAUCACUGUGUUGUUCGGGGGCUUGUUGGAACACAUGGCCAGGCCUGACCACAGGAAGGGCACCCACACAUUCUGGUGGGAGAACAAAGCUGAUCCCAAACUGAGGGACAAGUUUAUAAUCACAGAAAAUGAAAUGGAGAGAUUUAAAACGGAGGUGGCAAAAGCUUUAGGCUCAUUUGAGGAUAAGGAGGAUGGGCUUAUCAAGCAGCAAGCCACUCAUAUCCGAGCUCAGGAACAGCAUCGCCAGGAGGUCCUUCAGUCUCUCAUAGAGCCUAAGGCAGAGCUGGAGCUAUCGAACACAGAGGGCCCUUGCAACUCAGUGGACGAGGCUUCCAGUAGCUCUCACUUCAGGGCCCCUGGAUCCGAUGAGCAGGCCAGGUCUGGUCGGGUCGACCAAAUGGUGGCCAGGCAGUGGGCAGGCCCUGGACAGGGCCUGACCUUCAUUGGCUACCAGGAUUCUUCCAACAGUGGAAAUGUUCACACAGGAGCCAUCCCUCCAUGGUUACAGGAGGACCCCAAUGAGGGCAGGUCUGGGACAAUGGAGCAGGCGAUCGGUCCAUCACUCCAGGACUUCCUCAAACAGAAGGAGCAGGAGAAGCUGAAGAAACUCCCCCCUAACCGGGUGGGGGCCAACUUUGACCAUAGCUCCCAGACAGAUGCCAACUGGCUGCCCUCUUUCGGCCGGGUGUGGAACAGCGGACGCCGUUGGCAAUCCAGGCACCAGUUCAGAGAGGAAGAGGGACAGACCAACAGACACAAGAGAAAGAGGGAUCAGGGUGCUGAGGGAACAAAGAAACCAAACCGCCUGACCAGUGACUAUAGUAUGCAUUGUACAUAGAAAUGUUACAGAACAAAGCAGUUCAAAACAUGACAUUUGUUUGGAAACCAUGAAGCGCCUUUAUUUCAGGAUAUAAUGAACUAGGCUCAAUUGUAAAUUACCUUUAAAUGUCAAGCUCACUAUGCCGUUUCAAAUUUGAUUCCCGGCCAAUGUUUUUGGCACUUGUUUUAAAAUAAAAUAAUGAACUGGACUACAGCCACGCUCCUGUGUCUCACAUAUGUAGUGGAAUGUGAGGAGCGGCAUUAGCCGUUAGUUGGAGCUGGGUCUUUGAAAUACUGUCCUAGUGUCCUCUGGGUUCAAUGUAAAGCAUGUUUCCAGACUGGACCCUAAGGCCUUAGCAGGGACCCUGGUCCACUUGUUGGUCUUUGCACUUUAUUUCAUUGGAUGGCGUUUCGCCAUCCUCAAUCUUUGGGUUUAGGGGUUAUUAACCUGUCUGAACAUUAAUGAAAUAAAGUGCACUGACCCUGGGCCACUUGUCCAAGGCCCCAGGGUUCCAGUCCGGAAGCACGCUUUCCACUGAACCCAGGACACUUUCGGUAUUGCAUUUUAGCUGAAGUCAAGUCCAAAAAGAUGGCCGCGUAGUCAAAUGUGAAAAUUGCAAAUAAAAUUGUAGUCAUCAUUGUACAAAAAAACAUCCAUUAAAUUAUUCAAGUCA